UUCUUUCUAAUUAGGCACUCGACCCCUUCCUUUUCCCCCCUUUUUUACCCUAGACCGGACGCUUCGUCAUCUGGCUUCUUCUCUUUUGUUGCUUUGGAUCGAUAUUUUUUUAAGCCCUAAAUCUCCGCUUUUGUCAUCGAAAAUUCUCUCAAUUGCUUUGUAUCUCGUUUCGUCCAGCUAAUUGAAGCUCAACAGCAGCUUCUUCGUGCACAGUGGCCGCUUCUUCAGGGGUAUGACAGGUUCCUAGCCUCAACUUUUUCUCAGGCGAGUAACGUCAUUAUUCGACUCCCUUUCUUUUUCCCCCAUCUUUUACCCGUAAGACUAGAUAUAGGGAGGCAGGCAGUUUUUGAUGGCCGUGGUUUCAAUUUUAAAGUUGAUUAGAUUACCUGGUUUAUGUACUUGUAGUCAAUCAGCCGUUCGUCUCAUAGUGGGUGAUGACUGGCGGUGGUUUCUUCUUAAUUUUAUUCCCUUAUGGUGUAUAUGGGCUGUCUUUCCAAUUUUUGUGGAGGAUGCCGGUCCUGUCACCUUUUUCAGUUACUAUAUUGUUAGCACUAAUGCUUAUCUGAUUCCAUGGUACUCUGUUUGUUAUUGGCAUCGCGAGAUGUCGCCUUUCCGGUUAAUUGGUGCUAAGGCGAAAUUUAUGAUUGAGGUCAUUCCUAUGAUAGUUGCAGCAGCCUUGCAUCACCUUUUGGAGUACAAUGUUGGUUAUUUCGUUAUACUGCUAGGCUGCACCGCAUGUGUCUAUAUCUUUACCCACUUCAUGCACGCAGCAUAUGAUAUUGGACUUUUUGACUUUUUGCUGGGAUUAGCAAUGCUUGUUCUUGUUCACUGGCUGAAUGAAGAAUUGUUAGUUGGUGUUUUGGUUUUGAGCUUCUGCCUUUGUUUAAGUUUCUACAGAUACAUGACGUAUUGUGCUCCUGAAUUACCUAAUCAUCCUAAAAAAGAGUUGGAGGAGGAGCUGCCUUGUUGAUAUGAAGGGGACAUUUGCGUACCUUUCCAGUAUCUCUUAAAUUUAUGAGUUACUUUUUCUUUUGAGAUGACAUGUAUUUGUUCUAGCUUUAUCUUUGUGUCCUUGUAGACGCAGCUAGGAUUUCAACCUUAUGGUUUCUGGAUUUUAGAACGAUGAUUCCAAGUGUUAGUGACUGGGUUCUAUAUUUAAUAUUUGUACAUAUUUAAUAAAUUCUAAAUACUAAGGAUCUGUUUGGCCAUA